AUGAACACAGACAAGAAUGAAGCUCGAGAGGGCGGGGCGAAAGAUUUUGUCCCCAAAACGGCAGGCGGUGAAGAGGGCGUUGUCGAGGCGGCAGUGUUUGAAUCGCUGGGACCUGCAAAGACUCCUUCGAUUGGCGAUGAAUCAAAACUGGAGAAGUCCAGACAGGAAUCUCAGAAUCAAGAUAUGGCGCCCAUGGCAACAGACGGUUCCUUUCCAUGGCUGACAGAACAUGGGGACGUACGAGAGGCACGAGACAUGUCAAAUCUUAUUACUGAUGGAGGUGCUGGGGAGUCUGGUGGCUCCUGCGAGGAAGCGAAAGCCGUGUCUCCCCCCAGUGACGGGGACUUGGAACCCGAAGCGCUCCGCACGUUGGUGAACAGGUCUCCAUUGGAAAAUCCCAAGGCUUCAAGCGCCAGCUCUUCACAGAUCUCCAACCAACUCAAAGACACCUCCGUUGGUCAGAUGCCAGCUCCCCAAACCAGGUUGGCAGCCGCAACACACACAGCAGUGCGAUCCGUCGCUACAACGGCACAUCGCGGAAAUGAUGUAGCUCUCCCGCUGCAGUCUCUCCCGCUACAAUCUCUCCCACAAAAAGGUUUGAGAAGGCAUGCAAAGAAUGAUGUUGCUUCAACUCCGGGGGUUGUGUCAAUACCCGCAAGCAGCGACCAUAGCAUGUCGACGAGGGGCACAGGUUCAACGCAUUCGACUCGUUCCACCGGAUCGGCCACAAAGGCUGGACUGGCAAGAGGUGCUUCUGAAAGACAGUUGAAGAAGCAGCAGCGACCAAACUUACGCCCACAGUCUUCGGGAUCGAAGGCAGGGCUCCGACGUGGAGCCGCUGAGAGGAUACAAGUGGCUCAGCUUGAAGUCGAAGUAAGUACGAUAGAAUCGUUGCCAGUUGAAUUGAACAUCAUCGAUGAGUCGGUGCAAUCGAGGAACCUAGAAGACGCACCAGGUACUGCUUACGACGAAAGGCUAAUGCCGCCAACCAUCGGAGAUUCCAAUUUGGUCGUUGCAAACCUUGUCUCAGAGUCACAAGACUUUACAAAAGAGGAUAUGCCUCAGGCGGUGGAAUGGGAAGACAGGUCCAGAAGCACGUCUCGUACGAGUAUGUCCGCACCAACGAUAGCCCUCCUUGCCUUGGGUGCUUUGGUGGUUGUCAUGGGUGUCGUGGUUCCUUUGUCGCUGUCCGACAGCUCAGCGGCUGGCAACUCUGGCGCGUUGCCCCCAACCCAGGCUCCGACGACACUAUCAAAUCGAGCAAAGCUGAUGUCUUACUUGCCCCAAUACAGCCGAGAGUCCGCUUUGCAACCGAACUCUACCCAGGCAAAGGCCAUAUCGUGGAUGCUGGAAGAUCCUUCCUUCAACGCCUUUUCAAGGGAUCGUAUCUUGCAGAGGUUUGCUCUUGCAACUUGGUUCUACGCUACAGGCGGUGACUCAACAUGGCGGAACGGUACACAUUGGCUAAGCUACUCUCACCACGAGUGCCUGUGGCAAGUAUUCUUUUCCCAAGGCGAAAAUACAGUCGGAUACGUUCCUUAUGACUACCCGCAUCCCUCCACAACGCCAUGCAGAAACAUGUCGAACUUGGAAGCUGAGUGGCAAUACGAACAACUGGUCUUCUGGCAAAAUGGCCUCCAGGGAAUGCUCCCACAAGAAAUCUCUUUGUUGACUUCGCUCAAACGGAUUCAACUUGGCAUCAAUAGUCUUUCUGGGUCUCUUGAAGACACUUUAGGUCUAUUGAAAACAAUGGAGAAUAUCACACACGUUGAGCUCUACAACAAUAGAUUAGAGGGCCUCCUGAGCACCGAGAUUGGUUUGAUGUCGAAUCUCAUUGAGUUUGGGUGUUCCCAGAAUUUACUCAGUGGGACCAUUCCAACGGCAAUCGGUGCCUUGAGGAAGCUGCGAUUCUUUUCUGUCGAUGGGAACCUUUUGACAGGCUCGGUGCCGUCUCAGCUUGGCCUACUUUCAGACCUACAUUGGCUCAUGCUGGGGCCUAACCUUCUAACCUCGACUAUACCGAAAGACUUGUUCCCUCUUAGGAAGCUGCACAUCAUGACGAUGUAUGGAGUGUCUCUAUCAGGGACGAUUCCUAGUGAGAUCGGCUGGUCUACAGAGCUGAUACAACUCUACAUCCGCGACACUCUUCUAUCCGGCUCGCUUCCAAGCGAAAUUGGUGAGCUAACCAAUCUAGAAAUGCUAGUUGUUGCAAACAACGAGCUUGCCUCUACAAUCCCAACGUCGCUUGGGCGGUUGUCAACAAUGUUUGAUCUGGUACUUGUCAGGGGCUUUCGGGGGACGAUCCCUUCAGAGCUCGGCUGGAUCCCCUUCGUGGGAAACUCCAGUAGCUCGUCGUUGACGGCGGAACUAAAGAGGCUUUGGAAUGGCCGGCCCAGGCUUGCGCUGAAUCAGAAUGCUCUGAUUGGCACCGUUCCAAGCGAGAUUGCCAACAUGAAUGGCCUGGAAAAGCUGUAUCUCCAGGACAAUGCUUUGACAUCUAGCCUUCCUUCCCAAUUGUUCGAACUGGGCUUGGUUGAGCUGGAUGUAUCCAACACUAGCUUGGUGGGAGAAGCUGGGGUUUUAUCAAGCACCACACUCCAGUUCCUCGACGUUUCCAACACGGCAUUGUCGGGGACUUUGUCUCCAGAGAUUUGUGCAUUGGGGGAUUCUGUUGUCUUUGACUGCUCAUCUCUCCUUUGUGGUUGCUACUGUGUUUGCCUGGAAGGGCAGUGUGGCAGGCACGGUGGCUGCUAA